CCGUAGAGGCCUGAGGGGCCGCGCCGGGCUGUGCCGGGCGGGCUGAGCAGAAUCGCGCCGGGCUGGACCGGGCUGGACCGGGCUGGACCGGGCUGAGCCGGGCUGAGCCGGGCUGAGCCGAGCCGAGCCGAGCCGAGCCGUGCCGUGCCGUGCCGUGCCGGAGCGGUAGUGUCUCCCUGAAGCUGGGAAAUGGCUGUGAUGGGAAUUGCAUGCCAGGGAGCUCCUGAUCCAGCAGUCAAGCACAAAAAGGAGCUCACGGCUGCUGAGGGGCUGAAGGAGACAGUGAGUGAAAAGCAGAGCAGUGUUUGCAAAGUAGAAGAUUCAAAGAAGGCCAUCUUUCACAGUCAGUGGAAAAUCCUGAAUGAUGUAAUCACCAGAGGAACAGCAAAAGAAGAAACAGAAGGAGGCUGUGCAUCAAUUUCUAUUAUUGCCCAAGCAGAAUGUGAAAACAGUCAGGAGUUCAGCCCCACUUUAUCAGAGAGAUCCUUUAUUGCCCACAGUAAACGUUACAGCAGCCGCUCGGACAGCCUCGAUCACAUCCCCAACAAUGUGGCCCACGCCACGGAGGGCAGGAUGGCACCCACCUGGAGAGGGAGGCACCGGGGCAGGGCCAGGAAGAAAAGGCACAAGAAAAGAUCCAAGCUGAAAGGACAACCUGUGGCUGCUGGCAGGAGAAGUCCAAGAACUCCAGAACAGGAGAGCUGCACCCCAAUUCCUGUCCAGGAGGAUGAAUCCCACCAAAGCACUCUUUACAGAAACAGUUUUUGGGUUCCUGAAUUUAACAAGGACUUGGGCUAUGAUCCACUGCCUUUUGAGAAGCCUGCCCAUGCCCCUUUUUCUGUGGGCAAACUCCAUUCCCCAAGGAGCCAGUACAAAACUGAACUGCACAAGUUGAUCAGCCCUAUUCAGUGCCUUAAUCAUGUUUGGAAACAGAGGGACACUGUUCCCCAGCCUGAGACUCUCCGUCCUUUCCCCUACAACAUCCUUCCCCCCCAUUUCCCACACGUGGACAAUCCUCUCCGUGCCAUGAAGCAGAAUGCUCUGGACACAUACAUCCAUGGUGACCUCAACUAUCAAGACAGUCACUUAUCUGGCCUAAACUUAGAAUAUAAUUUCACCAAAUGCAUCAACCAGUCCGUGCAAACCAGUUCUGACAAACUUUCUGUGGAAGAAUAUUUGGUAGAUGCCUUGAAGGGGAGUGUGAGUUUUGGAGAACCACAAAAUUUAGCCAGCCUGGCCAAGACGUGGAGAGGAGGUGGGCUGGAGCUGAAGGAACAAUUCCAUGAAGCAAGUGAAAAUGAAGGCGUGCUGCUGAACGAGAAGCUGAAGCCGGUGGAUUACGAGUACCGAGAAGAGGUUCACUGGACCAAGUGCCAUGGUUCCUUGGGCAUUGGCUCUUUUGGGGAGGUGUACAAGAUAGAGGACAAGCAGACAGGAUUCCAGUGUGCUGCCAAAAAGGUGCAGGUGGAACAUUUCCGUGCCGAGGAGCUGACGACGUGCGCGGCCGUGAGCAGCCCCAGCGUGGUGCCCCUGUACGGUGCUGUCAAGGAGGGUCCCUGGGUCACCAUCUUCAUGAAGCUCAUGGAGGGUGGGUCAUUAGGGCAGCUCAUUAAACAGAGUGGCUGCCUGCCGGAGGACAGAGCCCUCAGCUACCUGGGCCAGGUGUUAGAGGGUCUGGAGUAUCUUCAUGCUCAAAACAUUCUCCAUGGAGAUGUCAAAGCUGAGAACGUGCUGCUGUCAGAUGAUGGGAGCAGGGCCCUCCUGUGUGACUUUGGCCACUCUGCUCACCUGCACCCAGAUGGGCUGGGAAAGUGCUUGGUCACAGGGAACUACGUGCCUGGCACAGAGACCCACAUGGCCCCCGAGGUGGUGAUGGGGAAGCGCUGUGACUCCAAGGUGGACGUGUGGAGCAGCUGCUGCAUGAUGCUGCACAUGCUCAAUGGCUGCCACCCCUGGACCCAGUACUACAACCACCCUCUCUGCCUGAAGAUCGCUAAAGAGCCGCCUCCUCUGAGGGAAAUUCCACCUUCCUGCAACCCUCUCACUGCUGAGAUUAUUAAGCUGGGGCUGGAGAAGGAGCCUCUGCAGAGGGCGUCUGCAUCAGAGCUCAAAACCAAGACCAGCAUGGCACUUGAGGAAGUGGGAGGUGUGAGAAGCCCUUGGAAAGGUGAAUACAGAGAGCCCAGACAUUUCUCUUUGAACAAAGAAAACAGUGCACAGACAUCCCUGUCCCCCACAGUGAGCCCAGUUUCUGAGAUUGGUUCUGACCCAAAACUGUCAGUCAAAGUUUCCUGUGGCAGCCCACUCCUACCACCUCCAUCUCUGGAGCAAACAGAGGAGGUUGAGGGACCUCACUGGAAUGAGGGCAAGGAGUUACCUGAGACCUGUGAUCCCCCACCCCUCUCCUCAACUCCUCUGCCCCUGAAGAGCUGCAGCCACGUGGAAAGAGCCACAACCAUUUCAGAGCAAGAACUUCAGCAGCUGGAAAUUGAACUGUUUCUGAACAGCCUUUCCCAGCCUUACUCUCUGGAAGAGCAAGAGCAAAUGCUUUCAUGCCUCAGCAUUGACAGCCCCUUUGUGUCAGAUGCCAGUGAGAAGAACUCCAUGAAGGCUUCUCAGAGCUUGAGGGACACCAUGAGCUCUGGGAUCCAUUCCUGGAGCAGCCAGGCAGAGGGGCAGAGCUGCAGCUGGAACAACCUGCUGAGCCGCAGCCGGCACACGGACACCCCCAGCUGCUUCAACGGAGUGAAAAUCCAGAUCCAGUUGCUAAGUGGAGAAAAUUUGCACAUCAGAGAUUUCCACAGGACAAAGGUGGGAGACAUUGCCACGGGGAUAAGCAGCCAGAUCCCCGUGCCUGCCUUCAGCCUGGUGACCAAGGAGGGGCAGCCUGUGCACUACAACAUGGAGGUGCCUGACUCUGGCAUCGAGCUGCAGUGCACCCUGGCCCCCGACUGCAGCGUGGGCUGGGCCUGGCGCGUCAAGCACGGCCAGCUGGAGAACAGGCCCUGAGGCCCUGCCUGCUUUGGAGCUUUGCACCUUGUGAAAGGAGGAAUUGCAAAAGCUUCUGACCUCUCCUGCUCUGGAGCACCAAGUGCAGUGGCUGCUGUUUGUGCUGCAGCAGGAUCACAGCUCGCUGCCCUCGCUGCUGUUGGCUGCUCUGAUCCACUUCCAAGACAUGUCCUGAGCUUAGACAUUCCCCAGGAGAGUGGGAAUUCCUUGUUUUGGGUGUGUUAGAGCUUGAGAAUGGUAGGUGGAAAUUCCUCACUUUUCAGAGGAAGGAGGUUGUGCUUUUCAGGAGAGCAGGGCCAUGAGAGCUCUGCUCCUGCUCCAAGGUGAGGUCGGUCGUGGCUGGGCUUGCCCAGAGGAGGAGCUUGGGUGCCCUCAGUGUUGUGCCGAGGGGAGCUGGCUGACUUCUUCCCAGCUGGAGGAGAAAACAUUUCUGUAGGCUCUGGGGAGCAUCAUCUCCACCUCAAGCCUUUAGCAAGGGGAGGAUCCACAGCAGUCACUGGCUGGCUCUUGGUUUCACCUCCCACCCUUCCCCGCAGUUGCUUCAUUCUUGAAUGAGAAAAGAACUUUGUUCCCAGAAAGAGCUUUGCUUGCAGGUCUCAGAGGAGCUGCUGCUCUCUCUGGUGUCCCUGGCAGGCAGGGCAGGAGAAGGGUACAGGACUCCAUGGUGGGAGGCUGUAGGGGUUGUUCCUCCAUCCUGUUCCCACCUCUGAUGUGGGACUUCAGGUGCACUGUCCCAUCCUUGGAGGAAUAAGGGGCAUCAGCUCUGUCAGCUGUGACAGGGCUGAAUUUUAUUGCAGAGUUUAUAAAAAUCUCCCUCCCAGCUCCCAGUCCAGCCCAGUGCCCCAGUUCUGUGAGUUCAGCCUGGCCUCACAAGGUUUCCCACUCCUCCCCUCACUUCAGACUGGGUUCACUGAGUGGGAUGGGCAGCUGGGCCUGGAAUGCCUUAAGCUUUAAACUGUUUUUUUUUUUUUUACUGAUUUGUGAAUGUUUGGAACAAACUGAAACCUCACAGGUCACGUUCAGGUGGGUGGGUGUCGUUCACCCUUCUCCACCCCAAACAGAUCCUGAGGGAGGUGUGAGCUCCCAGUGUGCUUGCUCAGGGUUGUGCUUGUUCCAGGUUUGGCACACCUGGAAAUCACAGUCCCUCCCUCUGGCUGUGCCUCUCCCAGAGCUCUGAGGCUGCAGCUGAGCAGGGGCUCUGCAUCCAGCCUGGGCACAGCAGCAGCUCCCAAAAGCCAAGCUGGGCUCUGCCAGGUCUGUGCUGGUCUGGGAGACACAAAGGGGCAGCAAUGCUGGCAGUGUUCCCAGGGGAAGUUCACUUAGAAAAUAGCUGGGAAAAGCAGAACUCUGAGCCUCCCUUUUUGAGGAGCAGCACUCCUUAAACAAUGGAUGCUCUUUCCCUUUGGUCUCCCUAGAGCAUGGGCUGGUUUUGCUCCACCAGACAGUGACAUCCCUGAUCAGAAAACUCAAGUUUGUAAUAAGAAUGAUGGAAUAAGAAAGUGGAACUCAUGAAGAAAAAUGAAACCUGUCACCACUUUGGGUAUCGUUUUUAUAGCACUUUUUGUUCUAAAGCACUUAAUACAUUGUCCAAAAUAGGCACCUAAUUAUAUCUACUAUGCCACAUUCAGAGUCUUUUUAGUAAAUAAUUAACACAUUGUGCACAUGUCUUCCAGGGGGGAGUGGGGAAAGGGGGAGGUUGGCUCCAUUUCUUUUUUCAGAUGCCACAAACCACUAAGAGUUUCAGCUCUGGAGCAGGAGGGGUCAAAGUGCCUCUUCCAGGACUCCCAAGCACAGGCUCAGUGCAUGCCUGGCUCCUUUCCUGAGCUUCCUCAUAGGGGACAGGAGAAAACCUGGUGGUUUUUGUGAGUGUGUGGUGAUGUGUCAAUCCCAAAGCAUGGUGGGUUCCAUCCCAAAGGCUGCACCUUGUGCCUGUGUCACCUGGGGGAUGCUCCCAUGUCCUGGUAUUUGGUUCCAUGCCUGGGCAUUGGGACUGAGCCCUGGAGCAGCAGGGAGGGAGCAGCAGGGCUGUCUGCAGGACUCCUGGGCUCUGCAUCUGCAGCAUUAACCUGAACUCAGCCACCUGCACAAGGGCAGGGAACCCUCCUGGGCCUGGGAUGUCCUCACAGGGCCCGUGGAGAUGUCUGUGUUCCCAGACCAAUGGAGAUCCCCAGGCCCAUAGAGAUGUCUGUGUGCCCCUGGCCCAUGGAGAUCCCCAGGCCCAUGGAAAUGUCUCUGUUCCCAGGCCAUGGAGAUCUCAUGGCCCGUGGAGAUGUCCGUGUUCCCAGGUCCAUGGACAUGUUCAUGUUCCCCAGGCCCAUGGAGAUCCCCUGGUCCAUGGAAAUGUCUCUGUUCCCAGUCCAUGGAGAUCUCAUGGCCCGUGGAGAUGUCUGUGUUCCCAGGUCCAUGGAGCUCUCCUGGUCCAUGGAGAUGUUUGUGUUCCCCAGAUCCAUGGACAUGUUCAUGUUCCCCAGGCCCAUGGAGAUCUCCAGGUCCAUGGAGAUGUCCAUGUUCCCCAGUCCCCUCAUAGCAGCAUUAGCCAGGAUUCCCUUUGUUUUGUCCAAAGCCUCCAGUCCUGUUUUGCUGCCACCACAAGUGCCCCAGUGAGGCUGCAGGCUCCCAGCUGGCCGUGUCCGUGCUCUCAGGGUGGGAUGUGGUGUCACAUCCCUGCCUGGGGACAGACACCUGGGCAGCCCCACAAACCACUGGUGCCUUCCCAGUCCCUGAGCUCCUCUGGGACGAUCUGCCAGCCAGCCUGAGCUGUCCCUGGCUAUCUCCUGCUGCCAGGACAGUUUCCUCUUCCCUUGGCUUGUCACUUUGCUGUGACAGGCACAAACAACCCGGCCUCCAGAUGAAGGCAAUAGUGACAGCAGAAAGUCAGGAAAGAUUUGCAUUAUGCUUGUUCAAAUUUGGCUGGAACUGUCAGGUUUCAUAACGAGUGUUUAGGACAGAACCCCAGCUCAGGGUGGGGAGGACAAGUAGGAGUGAUAAACACAGAUGGCUCUUGUUGUGCAGCUCCUUCUGGAAGUCUGGAGAAAUCGCUGCUGGUGAGCUGAGGAUCUCAUUGGGAUGGGCAGUGGGGGAAGGUGCUGGAAGCAGGAGCUUGUAUGGAAUGAAUGACACUUUAUAAAACUGUGAUUUCUUGAAGUUAACGUUUUUGACCUGCAUUUUCACAGGGGAAAAAAA